AAUUUGACAAUUCUUAUGUCAUAACAAAAACACAACUACGCGAAAAGUUAGAAAUUUUCUGAAAAUUAUUGUUGAAGGAGAAGAGGAAAAACAAAGCAUUUUCCGGCGCAGACUCAAUGGCAAUUUAGAAAAUAUAAACACGCUUCGGGAGAGAUCACAAAACGGCAUGAUUAAAUAGUAGCGCGAAAGUGAAAACGAGCCGCAGCAGUAGGAAGGAGUCACAAAAAAAUUAUUUAUUAAUUUUAAGGUGAAAUGUUAUUUUCGCACGCAUUGUAAUGCACUGACCAUGGGGUGGUUGGAAGGCAAUGGGUCAAAGUAUAUAUUUAUGCACACAGAAUUUCGCUACCAACUCAUUGAUAUAGACCAAUAUAUGUGCAUACCCACACAGUCAUGCGCGCGCUAGCUCCAAAAGCAUAUAAACAGUGGGGUGCUAUAUAUGUAUAUGACACCGCUGGUGGAUGGUUCUAAACGGAAAAUGCGUGUGAGAUAUAAGAAUUUAGUUAGCUAAGAACGCGGACGAUAGCAGAACGUACAGCACAAAUACACGGUCAUACGAAUCGUAUUCGUUUAUAUUUUUAAAAGAGUUGUGAAACAGCAGAAAAGAAAAUAUAACAUUUCUCCACACACAACAACUUGGAAAAGUGCUUCAAGUGCAAUUUAUUCAAACCACGGCGAAGCAAGUGAAAAAUGUUGCGAAAUUCCAAUGGCCAAAGGGUGAAGCAACAAAAAAUUACUGAAAAUAUUUUUACCGAUACAUCAGCUAUCAAACAAGAAGGCUUAAAGAAAACGGCAUUAAGAGACUGAUGUGUUGCUAUGUAUACUAAAAGUGUUUAGAUUGUUAACGCGAAAAUAAAACCGUAAUAUAAGCUUCCGUAAUAAAGAGGAAAAGAAAAUAAUUGUUUGUAAAUUGAUGUGUGGAAAAGAAUAACAAAUUUAUUAAUUUCAAGACAAAACGAAAAACGUUUAUAUAGCUGAUUACGACUAAGUGGGUCUAAAGUGUUGCGCGUACAUGUAUGUAAAUACUUACAUACUUAUAUAUGUGAUGUGCACGUCACCCAUGCGUCAGGAAAAUCUAUAAAAGUUUUCACAAACCUUAAAGGGGGAAAACAUACUAACAAAAAAAAGCCGCACUCAUAAAUUUCAAAAAAUAGAAAAUCUAAAAACAAAAACAAACAUUUGCGUUGACAUUGCAAGCAUAAAGCUAGAGCAUUGAAAAGCAGCAUUUUGUUUAAAUUCAGUAAAUUCGCCGUAUAAACGCGCAUUGCAGUAUUGGAAUCAGCGCAUAUAUACGACAGACCUGGGUCAUGUCUCUAGAAGAUCCAUUCUUCGUGGUGAAGGACGAGGUGUUCAAAGCAUUAAAUAAAACUCGCGGCCUAUAUUUGCGUUGGCGCGAGUUGAGCGAUAGUAGCGGCAGCGCUGAAGUUGAAUGGACUACAACCGAGUUAAGAAACUCAUUGCGUAGCAUUGAAUGGGACUUGGAAGAUUUGGAGGACACAAUUAGUAUAGUUGAAAAGAAUCCGAACAAAUUUCGCAUUGAUAAUCGUGAGCUUUUGAGUCGUCGGCAUUUCAUCGACAAUACACGCGAUGAAGUCCGGCAGAUGAAAGAGAAGAUGAGCCUGAAUCGAAACAGGGACAGAGAUAUAACGGCACAUCAACCACUACUUGAUGAACACAAUCAUAACGAAAUUAAUCAUCAAAAUAAUCAGAACGGCAAUAGUAAUUAUAUUAACAACUACAACAACAGCCUAAAUAGUACUAAUCAUCACAAUAAUCAUAAUCAACUACAACAACAACAACAACAACAACAGCAACAGCAGCACCAUAAUCAUCAUCAUCAUCACGGUAUCAGUGAUAAAACCUAUUUGGUUGAGUGUACGAACGGUGGCAUUGGCAGCGGCAGUGGUCUCUUACAGCAGAAUUCUUUGAUCAGCAGCGCAGGCAGCGGUGUGGCCAAUACAAUUGCCGGUACAAUGGCAGCAGCGGCACAACGUCACAGCGGUACAAAGUACUCCAAAUUGGAAAAUACCGUAGAUAGUCCGGGUCAUUAUGCAUCGUUGGAUAGUCCGGGGCAUCGUUACGUGGGCGAAACGGUAUCGGUGCAGCAGCGCAUGAUGCAGGGACAAGAUGAACAACUAGAUAUGAUAAGUGAUUCCAUUGGAACGUUAAAGACUGUAUCACGACAGAUUGGCGUGGAGUUGGACGAGCAGGCUGUCAUGCUCGAUGAUUUUGGUAAUGAGUUCGAUACAACGGAAUCCAAAUUGGAUACAACAAUGAAAAGAGUUGCCAAAGUAUUGCACAUGAAUAAUGAUAAACGUCAGUGGGCUGCAAUUUUCAUACUAUCCGCGCUUUUGUUAAUUGUGAUAAUUUUGUUUAUAAUUUUGUAAAUAUCGCGCUAAGUAAAAAAUUUCCUAAUAUUUGUUGACACAUAUAUCUAUUUUUUAUUGUACUCAUUACUUCUUUUUGUGCAAUGUUCAAACUUGUUUAUAUAUAUUUUUUUAUUUUAAUAUUUAAAUAGCCAAAUGCAGAAUUUUUUAAAAUUUUCA